GAGAGAGCGAGUUCGAUGUUAAUAAAGGUACUAAAUACCCGGAGAUCUUUCAACAUUACAGAGUAAACUGGAACAGUCAAAUCUUUCUGAUUUCUUUGUCUGUUAGAAGUCCAACCGACAAUUUGAACUAGAUAUGGCUUACAGUUUCAAAAUUUUAUCUGGCUUUCUGGUGCUACUCGGGGCUACACAUGUACACAGUGCCUGUGUUGUGUACACCAAGGUGUACCAGUUUUCUGGGCCAUCAACCAUCACGUCAGUUCAGGCCUGCAAAGACUUCUGUGUCUCCCUAAAAUCCUGCAUAUCGUAUAUCCGCUACCAAGGAGAAUGUGUGGUGGCUCAGGUUGGCGUGGGUGGUGCUACGGAGACAGAUGGAUCUGGAUAUGUUGUUUGUGAUGAGAUUGCUUCAGCCACCACGAAUAACAAACCCAGGUCAAAAUCUAGAUCAAGAUCACGUAGUGGCAGCAAAUCCAACUCCCGCGGGGGUCGUCGACGCUUCAUGUCUGGGCCGGGCCGUAGAAGAAAUCUUUGAACCAACGAAAACUGGUUUGGAAGCCAUCUUUGUGAAGUUUACGUCCAUCACGAACAGUCUCAUCAUAUCUUCAUGACGCUAGUAAACUUUAUAAAAAAUCUUAUGUGAUUUGAGAAAUAUGCGCUAGAAAAUAAAUCAGCUCAAGAGGUGUUGUUAUGUAUUAGUUGGAAUAAAGUUAUGAGAAACUGUU